AUGACCGGAGCGAAGAACCGACGCCAGGGCACAGCAGCCUCCCCCGAGCCCAAGGGGCAAGAUAAGGAGGUUGCGCCGAGCUUAAAUGGCAAUGGGACCGCUCAUGUUGCUGCCGCGAGGGGCACCGCCGAGGAGGGGCCACAGGAAAACAUCUUUCUGCUAUGGCCAAACAUCAUCGCUAUCGCCUCGCUCUACUACAUGCCCCUACACCCGCGCACCUGCUCGCUGCUGUACAGCAUAUCCUGCCUUCUCGACGCCCUCGAUGGCUAUGCGGCGCGCUACUUUGAACAAUCGACGCGCUUCGGCGCCGUGCUCGACAUGGUGACAGACCGGUGCACCACAUCCUGCCUACUCGUCUUCCUGUCGUCGGCCUUCCCCCGCUGGGCCAUCCUGUUCCAGAGCCUGAUCUCGCUCGAUUUUGCCAGCCAUUACAUCCACAUGUACGCGACGCUGGCCAUGGGCGGCACCGAGAACAGCCAUAAGAACGUCGACAAGUCCCGCAGCCGCAUCCUGUCGCUGUACUACACCAACAAGACGGUCCUCUUCAUCGCAUGCGCACUCAACGAAGCCUUCUUCAUCGCGCUCUACCUCCUGUCCUUCUCCUCCCCGCUCCUCUCCCCCUCCCUGCUCGAGACGGUUCCCGACCACGCGGCGCAGGCCAUCAUCAGCCAGGGGGCGCAGGUCAACUCGUCGCUGCUGCGGCACCUGUUCGCCAACCCGCACAGCGCGGGGGCGCUCGAGCUCGCGCGCGCCAACAAGAUGGACAGCUUCUGGCCCUGGGUCCUCGCCGGCGUCAGCUUCCCCGUCAUGGCCCUCAAGCAGAUCAUCAACGUCGUCCAGCUCGUCAAGGCCAGCCGCUGGCUCGCCGAGGGCGACGUCCGCUCCCGCCGCGCGCUAGGCCUGCCGAGGAAGCGGAAGACUGCUUGA